AUGGCCUUCCGGCUCGAGGUCCCGGACGAGCUGCCCGCCGCCUGCCUGUCCCCGUGCGGGCCGCCCAACCCCGCCGAGCUGUUCAGCGAGGCCCGGCGCCUGGCGCUGGAGGAGCUGGUGGCGGGCGGCCCCGAGGCCUUUGCGGCGUUCCUGCGGCGCGAGCGCCUGGGCCGCUUUCUGAACCCCGACGAGGUGCGGGAUGUGCUGCGCGCGGCCGUGCGGCCGGGCGGGGAGGGCGCGGCGGCGGCGGCGGCGGCGGCCGAGGACUCGUUUGGCUCGUCGCAAGACUGCUCCUCGGGUACCUACUUCCCCGAGCAGUCGGACCUGGAGCCGCCGCCGCUGGAGCUCGGCUGGCCCGCCUUCUACCGGGGCGCGUACCGGGGCGCCACGCGCGUCGAGGCGCACUUCCAGCCCCGCGGCGCGGGCGCCGGCGGCCCCUACGGCUGCAAGGAUGCGCUGCGCCAGCAGCUGCGCUCCGCGCGAGAGGUGAUUGCCGUGGUGAUGGAUGUGUUUACAGACAUUGACAUCUUCAGAGACCUGCAGGAAAUAUGCAGGAAACAAGGAGUGGCUGUGUACAUCCUUCUGGACCAGGCUCAGCUGUCCCACUUUCUGGACAUGUGUAUGGAUCUGAAAGUACAUCCUGAGCAGGAAAAGCUGAUGACAGUGCGGACUAUUACAGGAAACAUCUACUAUGCAAGGUCGGGAACCAAAAUUAUUGGGAAAGUUCAUGAAAAGUUCACAUUGAUUGAUGGCAUUCGAGUGGCCACAGGCUCCUACAGUUUUACAUGGACGGAUGGCAAAUUAAAUAGCAGUAACUUGGUAAUUCUGUCUGGCCAAGUGGUUGAACACUUUGAUCUGGAGUUCCGGAUCCUUUAUGCCCAGUCAAAGCCUAUCAAUUCCAAACUGCUGUCUAACUUCCGGUUCCAUGGCGGGUUUUACCACCUGGCAGACCGGAAACCGUUGUCCAAGACGCUCACGCUGGGCAACUUGCUGCGCAUGCGCCUGGACAAAUUGUCCAGCACACCCAAGAAGACACCUCUAGGCCCCGGGACUACGGGGGCUGGGGAGGAUGCUCAGCGCCAGGACUCGGAGGCCUCCACCAUCAGCGAGGAUGACUACCUGCACAGCCGCCAGGAUGACCUGGACAGCAGCCAGGGGGUCCAUAUUGCCACCCAAACAGAACCAGGAGAGGAGCUGGCUGCGGUGAGCGUGAGCGAGGUGGGGACACAGACCAGCUCCAGCACCGCCUCUGCGGGGACCCAGACUGAGGUGGCCACCAGGGCUGUGAGCUCCCAGACUGUGCUGUGGGCCAGGGAAGCCACCACGCAGACAGAUGCUGAAGACAGCAGCCUCCCUCUCCAGGGACCCCAGUCCAAAGAUGGGUCACCUGUGUCAAAGAUGUCUGUGUCCAGGUCGUCUAGUUUGAAGUCAUCCUCCUCUCUGUCUUCCCAAGGCUCUGUGGCCAGCUCCAUUGGCUCCCACACUUCUCUGAGAGCCACCGACCUCCACAAUCCUGGGUACCCCAAUUACCUGGGCACCCCGCACCUGGAUCUGUGCCUGAGGGACUCGCUGAGAAACUUGAAUCAAGAGCGACAGCAUCACCUGACCGGCAUCAGGUCUCGCCUCAACCACAUGCUGACCAUGCUCUCCAGGAGAACGAUCUUUACUGAAAACUACCUUAGCUUUAGCCCCGGAAGUUACACCCGAGCCUCAGUGAAUGUGGUUGCUAUUAGAGAUGUCCCUCUCUUUUCUACCCAUCAAUGAUUCUGGGUCCAAGUACCAGCAGUAGGCAGCACCUUACCUUCCUGCUUUGUAAACCAUCGCAGGAUUCCAACUGUUGCCUGGCUGUGAGUCACCACAAGUGACUUGAAUUCAAUUUUAUUCUGUACAUUACAUGCUUUUCUUUUUGUAUCAUAGAAACCAAAGAUUGGUAUUAUGGCUUAAACACUAUGGGUAUGGUUUUUGUUUUUUUCACAUUUUAAAAUGUUAUUACUUAAAUAUGUAGGUGUUUUAAGGUUAAAUCAUUGCAGAGGAAAUGUUCCAUGUUUUUCUUUGUGUGUAUACUCUUCUGCCUUAGAAGUCUGAGUCACUACUGUUUUUAGGAUCAAAGUUCUGUUUAGAAAAGUUUUGCUGUGGUUUGUCUCUUAAAUGUAUAUUCUUAGCAUUAA